AUGGACCUCCCCUAUUUACAGCCGCGAACCGCGAAAUCAAAGAGCAACUCGUUGCUUCUGAAAUCAAAGUUCAGAAUUAAGAGGUUCUUCUCCAAGAAGGUCAAAGUCUUUAAAGUCGUUUACUUGCCGGUAUGGAUCAUUUGUUUGGUAGCUGGACUCCUAUUUUACAGCCAAUUGCACCAUAUUUACCCAAAUAACCGUGCCAUCCAUACCAAGGGUCAAAAGAUGCCAGAUUACCUGAGAAAAAAGUAUCUGGAGAAAUUCGAUAAGAAAUAUUCCCCUGUUGAUAAAUCAAAGGUUAGUAAUAGAUGGAUCGGGUCAACCGUUGAUGAGCCAUUCAAAAUUGGGUGUGUUGAACCAGAGAUCUCGCUUACAAAAAAGACUGCCAACGCUUCGCUUGUGGUGUUGGCGAGAAACAAAGAACUCGAUGGAGUUAUCAAAUCUAUGAAUACUUUGGAAAGACAUUUCAAUCAAUGGUUCAAUUACCCAUGGGUGUUCUUAAACGAUGAAGAAUUUUCUGAUGAGUUCAAAAAAACCGUUAAGAAAUAUACCAGGUCAAAGGUAGAGUUUGGGCUAAUUGGUGAUAAUAUCUGGGAUUUCCCAUUGUCGAAAGAAGAAACCGAAGAAAAUGAUAAAUCUGAUAAAAGCAGUAGGUAUUUCAAUUUUUUCGAAUUCUAUGAAUUCAUUGAAAGACAAGGUGAUCGGGGUAUUAUGUAUGGUAAUUUGGAUUCUUAUCAUAAGAUGUGCCGGUUCUAUUCUGGUGGUUUCUAUAGACAUCCAUUGGUUAAACAAUAUGAAUGGUAUUGGAGAGUAGAACCUGAUGUCAAUUUUUACUGUGAUCUAACCUACGAUCCAUUCUUAGAAAUGGAGAAGAAGGGGAAAAAGUAUGGCUUCACGGUUAUUAUCAAGGAAUUAUCUGACACAAUUCCAAAUCUAUUUAGAUACACAAAAUCAUUUAUCAAGGAAAAUCACAUCAAGGUGAAAAGUACAUGGAACUUGUUUGUCACUCCGCUUAAUACAUUUGAUUUCAAAGGUUUCGAUGAUCCUGAAUUGGAAGCGGAAUUGGCCCAUUUGGAGGAAGUCGAUGACUUGAUUUUGGCAUUAGAGAAACAAGUACAAAUAGAACAUAUUGUGAGAAAGCUCAAAAACAAUAAAGAUGGUCAAAAAAGUAGUAAUAACGACGAUCAAAUGCUUUUAAAACAGCUUGUGGACAAGACGCACAAAAGAAGCAUUAGCAGCUCACCUGGUGACGCAUUUGAUGGCGAGAAGUACAAUUACUGUCAUUUUUGGAGUAAUUUUGAAAUCGCUAGGGUCGAUGUAUGGGAUAAUCCUUUAUAUAACGCUUACUUUGACUACUUGGAGCAAUCAGGAGGCUUUUAUAAGGAAAGAUGGGGUGAUGCCCCAGUGCACUCGCUCGGAGCAGGAAUGUUUUUAGAUUUGUCAGAGGUCCAUUAUUUUAGAGAUAUUGGUUAUAAGCAUUCUACCAUUGCCCAUUGUCCACAUAACUCUUUUGAUAACCAAUUAGGAUAUGGUCCAUCUGAAAAUUAUUUCAAGUUUGGUGACGUUAACCGAAUUAGAAGACAGGAUGCCAAGUGGUUAAGUCCCGAUUCCCCUAAAAAGAAUGGUGUUGGUUGCCGAUGCAAAUGUCCAAGAAAACAAAACAAAAUCGAAGACACUGGGGGAUCGUGUAUUGGGGAAUGGAUUCUGGUUACCAAAGAUGCCGAAGCUAAGAAAUUUGAUAAUUCCCAGAGAAAGUACGCCAAGAAGUUGAAUGUGAAGAAAUUGAAAAAUUUGAUUGCUUUCGAUUAUCAAUAUUCCUUGAAAUUGAAAACCAUAAAGGAAAAGUAUAUCAGUAGUGCCCUUAUAGCUUUCAAAGAUCUCAAGAGAUUCGAAGAAGACGAAAAUACGGUUCUUCGGCCGGAUGAAUUUGACUUGAAGUUACUUGAGAUGACUGAAGAUAUGAUCAACCAGAAAAGAUUGGAAGUCCAGGAAGAAGAAAUUAUGAAUAACAUUGUUCAUUGA